CCCGACCCCGAGGUGCCCAGGGGGGCUCAGAGGGCUCUGGGUUUUAGGAGGAGCUCAGGGCCACCAGGAUUUGGCAGCCGGGAUCCCACGGGGAUGAGGAGGCGCUGAGUUCUUGCACAAAGCCUGAACUGCGAUGCCCUGGCACUGAGGACGGGAUUUCAUCACCCCCGACGGCGCCAGGAGCUCGUAUCUGAUGGCCCGGGAGAGGAUGAGUCCCCCUGGGAUGAGAGAUGAGCAGUUUUGCAAGGCCAGCUCACAGGAGAGGCUCCAAACCUGCGUGGGGCUGGGAGCAGGAGUUUCCAAACUCCUGAAUCUGUACACAGCCCCCGACUCGUGCGAGGGACGCUGCGGGGAGCCCUUCAAUGAGGAGGACGAGUGUCACUGUCACCCCGAGUGCGGGGCAGAGCACAACUGCUGCGAGGACCACGAGAGGCACUGCGGGCCCGGUGGGGAAGGCGCCGAGGGAGGAGCUCGAAGCCUCGACGGAUUCUCCAGCAGCAGCGGUUCCAUCUCGGAGCAGGAGCUGCUGGAGCUCUCGGAGCAGCUCUACGGGCUGGACCACAACAAAGCCCGGCCCAGCGACAUCGCCCUGAACCCGCAGCACCUGGCGGGCCCCGACGAGACCGGCGACAAGCAGGACCGGUCCCCGCAGCCGCUCUACAAAUACGUGAACGAGGCGCUCUUCUCCAAGCCCACCUACGCCAGCUUCAUUAAGCUGCUGGAUAAUUACCAGAGGGCCACGGGCAGGGAGGAGGAGGUGACGGCCGAGGAGCUGCGGGAGCAGGAGCGGUUCCUCCAGGAGGUGAUGGAGACGGAGCUGAUGAAGAAACUCUUUGUGUUCCUGCAGGGGAAAAAUCGCUACAGCUCCGAGCAGGAGUUCCUGCAGGACCUGAACCAGAUGUGGUUCGGUCUGUACUCCCGAGGGGACGGGGAGCGGGAUUCCAGCGGCUUCGAGCACGUGUUCUCAGGGGAGGUGAAAAAGGGAAAAGUGUCCGGAUUCCACAACUGGAUCCGCUUCUACCUCCUGGAAAAGCAGGGCGUCCUCAACUACUUCAGCCACAACUUCGACGGGCCGUGGGACACGUACCCCGACGUGCUGGGGCUCCAGUUCAGCUGGGACGGCUUCUACAAGGAGGUGGGCUCGGCUUUCAUCGGCUGCAGCCCCGAGUUCGAGUUCGGCCUCUACACCCUCUGCUUCCUCGCGCGGCCCGGCCGGGCAUGCCACCUGAGCCUGGGCGGGCACCGCCUCAGCGUGCAGACCUACCCCUGGACCAAGACCACCUACGACGGCGGCCGGAGAUUCAUCGCCACCGCCUACGUGAUGUCACCCUGAGCGGUGACGUCACCCUGAGCCGUGAUGUCACCCUGAGGAUGACGUCACCCUGAGUGGUGUCACCCUGAGGGGGCUCGCGGGGGCCGCGGGACAGGAGCGGCUGCACCGCGGGUCCGGCCCGGAGGGGAUGGUGGGGACCGAACGAGGGGACACCCACGAGGGGACACCCACGAGGGGACACCCCCAGACCCCGCCGCGUGUGGCGGGCCCAGGCUCGGAAGGGAAGGGAAGGAUUUGGCACGGAAAGGAGGAUCCUGAGCAGAAUAAACACUGCCCUGGCUGGAGCACCGCUGGGUUCGGGGUGUCCUUAGAGCAGACCCCCCUUUAUCCCCCUCCCCGCGCCCCAUUUGUCCCUCUCUGAACCCCUCCCCAGGCUUUGUCCCCCCCGGACCCGGCCGCUCCCGGGGGCUCUGUCCCCUGGAGCCCCUCCCCAUCAAUUCGGCUCUGCCCCGGCCCAGCUGAGCUCUCCCCGGGGCCGCGGCUCCCCAGAGCCCCCAAAUCCCCCGGGCCGGGGCUGCUCGGGGCUGCAGCUGCUCCAGCACCGCCCCCAGGGGCUCCAAGCAGAGCCUGGGGGGCAGCGGGACCCCCAGGCCGGACCCCCGGGCUGUGGAGAUGAGACCCCACUCUCAGGACAAGCCCCGAGGCACCGGGACCCCC